GUAUAUGAAAUAUUUGUUUUUGAACAACAAGUACUAUAUUGUAUACUUUCUUCUGUUCUGUAAGUUCAGCAUAUACCAUGAUGAAAGUGUUUGUUAUUCUCAUAUUGACAGCUUUUCUUAUGAAAUGUGGAAAUGCAAAAACAGCAUCGGCAUCGACAAAGCAUGUUGAAAUUGAUACUGGAAACUUGGAUUCAACUAAAUCAGCAAGAGAUAUCCUUCCCAUUGCGAAAAGGCAAAAAAGGUCGACUUCAGGAGUGAUCCAUGCUGUUGAUAUGAGUUACUCGUUGCGCCAAAAAGUACUGAGAUAUGCUAGAUGGGUUGUUGAAAACAGAAGCACCAGAAAUUACGCAAAAGAAAUGAAAAGAAUAAUGGACACAUACCACCACGGGGGAUACAAUUGUAUUUCUGGUACAUCAUUCAGUAUCUCGAUAUCGUAUAAUAGAGGUUAUUAUAUCUUUUUCCAAAUGGAAGGAUAUUACUUUGCAGUAUAUAGAAAACGUUAGUGGAUGUAUACAGGGAUCUUCCUUUCAGUUUAACCGUAAACUCACAUAUGUUUGGUUUUAUUGAAUAAAAGUCAAUACAUUUUA